GGGGAGGCAGGGGCGAGACGGGGGCGCAGCAGGAGCGGGAGGAGCAGCGUGAGCGAGGGCGGAAGGAGAGGCCGGGAGGCCGCAGCUCCCCGCCCGCAUCGCUCAGGAUUUCUCAUUCCCAAACCUUGGCUGGAUGGAGGAGGAGGCUGUGAGGAAGAGGAAGAUGCCCCAGGACACCCAGACAGGUUUCACCCCCCAGUUUUACCUGUGGCUGCUCUGGGAAGUUCUGUCCAUGGCAAGAGGGAACUCCCACCCUGAUGCCAACAAUCCCUUCCAGUACGACUGGCAUCACCUGCGCGUGGCUGGGUUGGGCGUGGCCGCCUUCCUGUGUGUCCUGGGCUUCAUCGUCCUGCUCAGUGGGAAGUGCAAGUGCCGGAGCAAGGCCAGCCACCAACGACACCCCCCUGAGAUGUCACACCUGGUUGGGACAGGAGCCGUCAGCACGUGCUGAGGUGUCCCCAAGUGUCCCCGAGUGUCCCCAAGUGCAGCGACACAUGGAGGGGGGAGGAACGGGUUUAUUUUGGGGUGGAACCCCCCAAAAACAGCCCAACAAAUGGGGAAAAUGAAUAAAAAAGGUUAAA